AUGGACGACCUUCCCAACGAAUUGCUCAUCCACAUUGUUGACCAACUGAGAGGCCCUACAACCUGGGCAGAUCCAGCCGACUACAGCCGCACGGACGCCCUUGCGGCUCUUUGUUGCGUUUCCAAGAAGUUGUACCAUAUUGCCAGACCGUUGCUCUACGGAUCGAUAGACCUGCCCCCGAAUGACGGUGUUUUGCCCCAGUCUCGAAGACUUUUUGCUCGUCUCCAAGAGCAGCCAAGCCUUCGCUUCGAGAUCAAAGCCCUUCGACAGAAGACGCGUGCUAGGCUGAGACAGGACGGUGAGCGCCGUAUGCGCGUCCGCGAUGAGUACAUUAAAGACACUACAAGAGACGUGAGAGCUUUUGGAUUAGGCACGGAAGACGCCUCAGAAAUCGUGGGCCGUUGGCUACGGUACGAAGACCUAUACUUCGCUCUAUUGGCAUUCCGGACACCGACCUUGGAACGGUUGUGGAUGCGGCCGGAUAUAUACCACGAGGGGUCCUAUGACGACUGUCAUUGCACACUUCUUGAGGGCAUAGGUCGUAUGGCUAUGGGCGUACGUUUGCUCGACACUCACCAUUUUGACAAUCUCAAGACUUUAUACAUCGACUUCUCUGAUCAACCAAUAAUUUCUGCGCGGUAUGCGUUCCCGUUGUUACUUCUUCCCAACUUGGAUGAGCUUACUCUUGUCGCGUUGGGUGGCUACUACGACAUUCCUGAGGGUGAAACGGAAGUCGGUUUCGACGGAUACGAGACCGACGACGGCUUGACCAUUUUCGACCGCCCUUGGUUGUGGCCACUACGCUCAUCGUCCAUCACCAAGCUCUCGCUAUUCAAACCAGUGUUCUCCGAGAAUGCGGUCAAGAAGAUGAUACUUGCGUGCAAAGCUCUGGAGCGAUUUGAAUGCUUUCACCCACUGCGUUCUAGCACGAACGAUCAGUGGUUUGGGGCUCUCGUUCCUGCGCUGAACAAUCACAUCGAGAGUCUUCAAAAUUUAUCGUUACUGUGUAGGGAACCUUAUUGGCCCUCAUUAGAGAACACUGGCAUGGCGCAGCUCGAUCAUCUCCAUGAAUUCACCCACUUGAACUCGGUCAGAGUCUCUUUGAAUCUGGUUUCUGACCCGGGGGAAACUCUGAAUGCUCGAAAUCUGCCUGCUUUCUUACCGCCAAGCAUCACAUCACUGCAUAUCCACUAUCCCCGUGAGCCAAACGACGAAGCCGAUCAACAACUUCUCGAUGUUCUCACCGCGCACAAGGAUGGUAUCUUGCCGUCGCUGAAAGAUGUAUACAUCACAUGGGUAUACUAUCAACGCGAAUGGGAAGAAUACGAUCUGCUAGAACGACUUCGGUCGCUGGUACAGAUCAAAGAGCAAUACGAGACGUCAUCCAUCACGUUUGACAUUAUGUUGACAAUCAGAGACGACAAAGGUAAAUGGCCGUUGGUCGGGGGAUCGUCAAGCAGUGCUAACGUCUACUAG